AGAACUGAGUUCUCUGUGAUUUCCUCCUGCAGACACGGAGGCCAGCAGAAAGAUGCAGGAGAUGGGCAUCCUAUCCCUGCUCCCCACCCUGCUCAACCCUCAGUCUUCCUGCACCCCGAAGGUCGCCAACAUCAUAGCAGAGAUGGCCAAAAACGAGUACAUGAGGAGUCCCUGUGUGGAAGCCGGCCUCAUCCCUCCUCUAGUUCAGCUGUUAAACUCCACCGACCAGGAGGUUUUACUGCAAACCGGUCGAGCGCUUGGCAACAUCUGCUAUGACAGCCGUAAGUAGGAGUUAGAUUUGCUUUGGAAAUGCUGAUUCAGAGGAUUAUGUUUCUUUUAAUAAUCUGCCAAAAAGCUACAGAAAUUGGGCAACAAAGAGCAUACUGGAUCUGGGUUGAUAUUUUUGACUCCAUUGGACGGUUUUUGUAUUACCUGAUUUUUAUUUUUUUUUGUUUUAGCACAGUAAAAAAAUAUUUCUAC